AUGGUAUUUAAAUGGCAUCGGACGGAUUUCUUCCAGUCGCAGGUCGGCGGCGUACAGGCCGUAUCGUUGAGCUACAACGAGAAGGGUAACUUCAGAGGUAUUGCUACUAUUAUCUUCAAGUCGAGCAAGAACGCUACUUUGGCUGUGGAGAAGUACAAUAACGCUCCAAUUGAUGGAGGUGCAACCAAGUUGAAGUUGGAGUUGGUUGUGGACCCAAGCAAGAAGCCAUUGGCUGCCAGAAUCACUGCCAACGAGCCACAAGCUGCUGCUAAGGCCAAGCCUGCCGCUUCCAAGAAGGAGCAGCUCAAGGAGAAGGUGAAGGAGAAGAGAAAGCAGAUCCAGCAGAAGAAGAAGGCUGCUGUUAAGGCCAAGAAACCAGCCAAGAAGACUGUGGAGCAGUUGGACCAGGAGAUGUCUGAAUACUUCAACAACUAG